CCAACCCCCACCCCCACCCCCACCCCACUUGCCUGUGCUGGCCGGGCGCUGGCUGACUGCGCCCAGGGGUGGAGUCAGAGACCGAACGACGAUCAGGAGGUUCCUGUUUAUCUGUCGGUCGAGGUUGACCCAAGUGUCAGACACGGUCCAGCCCUCGUCCCGCUCUGGGACGGCAACACGAGGUCCAUCCCCUGCGGGACAGGCGUCCCCCUUCAUUCCACUAGCGCCGGAGUUUGGUGCGAAGGGGGGUGGAGUGGGGUGGGGGGAACGUUCCGGGGGAUGUCUCUGCUGGUCUGAAGCACCCACCGACCCCGGCCCAGACCACCGCCCUGUCCCGUGGGCCUGGAGAACUAUGGAAGGUUACCUCAUUGCUCCGUACCCCGAGGAGAUUGUCACCUAUGACAGCGAUGUGUACAGGCAGCCGGAGUACUACACCUACCUGAGCAGCGAUGGCGAGAGUCACGGCGUGGCUGACCACUUCUGGGAGGACUCCGGCACCCACUUCUACCGAGACCUGGAGCCCUUUGCAGACAGUCACUUCACCGAGCUGCAGAAUGUGCAGCCGCCGCAGCUGCAACAGCUGUACCGCCACAUGGAGAUCCAACAACUGCACAACCUGGAGUCCCUGCCCGUCGCCAGCAACCGCAUCAACACGGCCGCCCACUAUACCAAGACUCAGCCCCCGGCAACCGCCAGCUUCGCCACUCCCCAGGGACGCUGGAGGAAACCGGAGCACCCGAGGGAAACCCACGCGGUCGUGGGGAGCGUAGCAGUUGGCGCGAUGCUGUCACAGCGCCCGGCGACCCGGGUUCAAUUCCCGCCACUGUCUGUGCCCUACAUAUCGCACUGGUGCCCACAGUACACGCACUCGGCCGAGCGCAGUUCUGACGAGGAGGACCUGGAGAGGCACAGCCCGCCGCUGGAGGUGUCCGACGGGGAGACAGAGACCGCCGAGCCCACUUCUCAGAUGGUCGGAGCAGAAUCAGGGAACAAGAAGAAGAUCCGACUCUAUCAGUUCCUCCUGGAUCUUCUCCGCAGCGGCGACAUGAAGGAGAGCAUCUGGUGGGUGGAUAAGGACAAGGGCACCUUCCAGUUCUCCUCCAAGCACAAGGAGGUGCUGGCGCACCGCUGGGGGGUGCAAAAGGGCAACCGGAAGAAAAUGACCUACCAGAAGAUGGCCAGAGCGCUUCGGAACUACGGCAAGACGGGCGAGGUGAGGAAGAUCAAGAAGAAGUUGACCUACCAGUUCAGCGGCGAGGUGAUGGGGAGAGGGGAGUGGAAACAUUACCCCCAUUGAGAAGCGAAACCCCCCCCCACCCCCCCCCACGCGCGCACCCCACCGCCCCACCCUUCCUCACUGCUGCCGGGCUAAACCUGCCGCCCCUCGCCGUCCCCCGGCUCAAAGCUCGUUGUCACGGGGAGCCCGUCGGGGGGGGGGGGGGGUGGGCGAGGGAAAUGCUCCUCCCGGAACAGAAGCUCAUCAGUCCAUCAUGUCUCCCCCUUCCUCUGCCCUCCCACACCUCCAUCUCUCCUCCCCUCAACAUACCUCGAUUCCCCUCCUCACCUCUCCCCAUCUCUCCUUCCUCACUCUUCACCGCAUCCCCUCCAACACCCGAUGUCCCUGCCCUUUUCUGUCCUCACCGGCUCCCACUCCCCGCCUAGUUCUUUUCCCUCUCCUCCAGCUCCCAUUCGCCUUGGAUGCCCUCCUCCCCGUCACCCUCUGGUUUCCCCCACCAGCUACCCCACCCACUUCACAGUAGGCCACCCUGAGUGAUGAGGCAGGUAUUCUGCACGGUGCCCUGACACACACCUACUGCUCUGUGCUGUGUGUGGAGUGGGGUCAGAUUGUGUGGGGUUGUACAUGGGUCAGGGUGUGGGUGGAUUGUGUGGGGUUAUGCAUGGGGUUGGAUUGUGUGAUGGGACUGUGCAUGGGGUUACGGGUGGGGCUGUCUACUGGGAAGGUGUGUCUGCGGUUGUGUGUUGGGGCUCUGUGUGGGGUUACGAUGGCGUGCAGGUUGGAUUGGGUGCAGUUGUGGGUGGGGUUGUGUGAGGUCCUGUGAAUGUGUGUUUCUGUGUGUGUGGCGGGGGUGUAUGUGUGUGUGUAUGGGGGUGCGUGUGUUGUAUAAGGGUCUGUGGUCCUGUCAGUGUGUGUGUGUGUGUGUGUGUGUGUGUGUGUGUGGGGUGUGUGUGCAUGUAUUUGUGUCUGGGGAGUGUGGGUUGUGUAAGGGUCUGUGGUCCUGUCAAUGUGUGUGUAGAUGGUCUAUGUGUGUGUGGGGUGUGUGUGAGCGUAUGUGGUCCUGUGAAUUUGAGUAUGUGUAUCUGUAUGUGUGGGGGGUGUAUGUAUGUAUAGGGUUGUGUGGUUGUAUAAGGGUCUGUGGUCCUGUGUGUGUGUGGGGUGUGUGUGCAUGUAUCUAUGUCUGGGGUGUUUGUGGGUUGUGUGAGGGUCUGUGGUCCUGUCAAUGUGUGUGGGGGGGGGGGGUUUGUGUGGCGUGGGGUGUGUGUGGGGUCUGUGUGGGUUGUGUGUGGUCUUGUGAAUGUGUGUGUGUGGCGGGGGUUUGUGUGUGUGUGUGUGUGUGGGUGUGUGUGUGGGUGUGGGUGUAUGUGUGUGUGUGGGUGUGGGUGUAUGUGUGUGUAUAUAGUUUUUCUGGCUGUUCCCUUGAACUGAGCUGCCACCUUGUCCAGUGCUGGGUUGGUGGGAUCCCCAUCAGCCCGUUGUGUGCGAUGGAAUAAAUGCCUGCUCCUGCUCGGUAAACCCACCGACCUCUCUUGCCUCCCGUGCCCUGGCUCUGUCCCACCUCUUCGACAAGCCUCACAUAGGACCCGGACUGGCCUCUCUCGGGGGAUUAAGUGGAGGGGCACGGUCCCAGAUGGGAACAUCUCCCCCCCAAGGCAACAGAUACCCCACUCAGCAACAUCCGAAUCCACAGCUCCCAGCAAGGAGGGUUGUCUCUUCAUCAUGCCCUCCGAUCUCAGAGAUGUUCAUGAGACUGAGGAGGGAUUGAGGCCCCCUGUCUACUUCAAGCCCCUCCAAGAGCACCAGCUAUGUCCCACAGCUCUGUAGGACAGAAGCUGCCGACUGGUCGGAUUCUGGCCGAGGCCCCGUUGGACGAGGUGGUUCUGUGUGGAGACUGGGGAUCCUCGCCAUUUACUGAUUUACAGAGAGCUGUGUGUGAAGUGGUGAUUUUAGCUUUUUCACUGUAUUUAUGGACAUUUUUUUUGUUUUGAAUAAACUGCUGCAAAUUAG